GAGGAGGGCGCCUCCGAGGGAGGCACAACAUGGGCGCCUGAAGCCAGGGCGGAGUCGGCUGCGGGCGCCACGAGCAGGGAAACUGAGCUGAGCUGAGCCCGAGCUGCUGGACGCGGCUCGGCGGCCGAGCAGGAGACAUUGAGCAGGGAGAGGACGGAGACAUGGCGGAGACCGGCUCCGUGCACGCCACCAGGUUUGAGGCGGCCGUAAAGGUGAUCCAGAGCCUGCCCAAAAAUGGUUCAUUCCAGCCAACGAAUGAAAUGAUGCUCAAGUUCUAUAGCUUUUAUAAGCAAGCAACCCAAGGACCCUGUAACAUUCCACGACCUGGAUUUUGGGAUCCGAUUGGUAGAUAUAAAUGGGAUGCUUGGAGUGCCUUGGGAGAUAUGUCUAAAGAAGAGGCUAUGAUAGCCUAUGUUGAAGAAAUGAAAAAGAUUCUUGAGAGUAUGCCAAUGACGGACAAAGUCGAAGAACUGCUACAAGUAAUAGGCCCGUUCUAUGAAAUAGUAGAAGAUAAAAAGAACAGAGGAUCUGACCUAACCUCAGGCCUUAGUAAUGUCAUGAAUUCCACCCCAAAGAUAAAGGCUGUGAAUGGGAAAGCUGAAAGCAGUGACAGUGGAGCAGAAUCAGAAGAAGAAGGGCUUCGUGAGGAGGAAGAAAAAGAACUGCAGCUAAAUGGAAAGGACUACAAGAAUGUGGAAGCAGAACCAGCAGCUGUGAAGGAUUUGGAAAGUGUUGUUGCUAAUGGCUCUUCCAAGGACAGCUUUAUCCCAGAUAUGGAGAAUGGCAUCCAGUCCAAAUCUGCUCUGAAUGGCUUGAACCCAGAGGAAGAAAUAAAGAAAAUGGAGCCAAGCCUAGAAAUAACUAAUAACAGUGCUCACCCAGGUGCAAAUGAGGAGAGCACAGAAGAGAUCUCAGCAACUCAGCACUUAACCAGUGAUUCAGACAGUGAAGUUUAUUGUGACUCUAUGGAGCAACUUGGACUAGAAGAGCCCUUGGAGAUCAUCACAUCAUCUAGAGGAUCUUUAAAGCAUUCAUCCCAUUUCUUGGAUGUAGAUUCCAGUCUUCUGUUAGAAAACACGGAUUUUGCAAGGCACACUUGCGUGACUUCUGCGGGUCUCCAACCCGGAAACACGGUAGAGGGAGCAGCUCAAGAACAAGGUGAAGUCAAGUGUGGAGGAGAAGAUGGCAAAGCCAGUAAUGGGGGCCCUCACAAGGAGAAGAAAGGUGGUGAAAAAGCAGAUUUCUACGGUGUCAGAAGAGGGAGAGGCCACAGACUUCAGCCUCUGGGAGAUGGCUCACAAGGUGGACAGAUGGGUAGUGGAGGAGAUGGAGAGCGCUGGGGUUCGGACCGAGGAGCCCGGGGUAGCCUCAAUGAACAGAUUGCAGUGGUGCUGAUGCGCUUACAAGAAGACAUGCAGAAUGUCCUUCAGAGGCUGCAUAUGCUGGAGACGGUUACAGCAUCACAGGCAAAAUCUGCAACACUACAACAGUCAAACGAUCAGCCUGCCUCCUCUGCCAAGAAACCGUCAUGGUGGCCCUUUGACAUUUCUCCAGGUGUUUUAGCUUUUGCUGUCCUAUGGCCGUUUGUUGCCCAGUGGCUGGUACACGUGUAUCUUCAAAGAAAGCGAAGAAAACUGAACUGAGAAUUCAUGACUUUGCUUAGAGACUGCUAAGAGAAGAUUGGCCCUGGAAAGGAAAGGAAUUCUGAAUCCUCCUAGAACCUCAGACUGCGGGAUGAUGUUCCUUCUGGGAUAGUAAUAUUUUGUACUACCUUUGAGCUAAGCAUUUAAGGACUAAUAUUACUGCAACUUAAAUAAUUCACAGCUCCUAGGUUACAAAUAAAACAAAUGUAAUAACUCCAUCCUCAAAACCAUAUGACCGUUAGUUUGGAAUGUGUUUGGGAGGGGCCUUCACUGAGUACUGGUCUUGCUGAUGUCAGAUGAUAAAGACAGUAUCUUUGUAAAAGAGUAAGUGAAAAACAUGUAAAACUGUCACUUUAAUAUAGAAAUAAUUUGACAAUGGUAACAUCCCUGCCUGUUUUUCCACAGGCUUACAUAUGAUCAGGUGAAAGCACUAAUAAGGUGCAAUCAAUGCAGUGUAAGCUCCUGGGGAAAUACAAUAUAUAUAGCUCUGAGGAAUGGAAAUGGUUGUUUUUGCUGCUAAACCUGCACGAGGGAAAUCACAGAAUGGUGGGGGUUGGAAGGGACCUUUAGAGAUCAUCUAGUCCAACCUCCCUGCUAAAGCAGGCCCACCUAGAUCAGGUCACACGAUGAAGCUGAAUCCUUCCCUUCUUGAAGAUUGUAAAGGAGAGGUGGGAGUGGAUGCAUGCUGUGAAAGUCAGAGCCAUUACCAACAGAGGGACUGCCACAUACCAGUUUGGAAUGGUGUGGUACAAAGGGUCCCUCUAGAGAGGCUGCACCUUAGAUUUUUAACUUUGAUAACUGUAUUCUUGGUGACAACAGCUUGUUUUAGCUGCACUACAUAGUUCAGGCACGAGGGGCUUUGAAAUGAGAGCUUGCUCUGUAAGUAUGGCUGUAAGAUUUUAAAAGCUCAGUGCACUUCAAAUUUUCUCCUGUCAGUUCAUGUCAAAUUAGGAUUUAACCUAGCCCUCAUCUGUUGUGGACUUUCCCUAAGUCACAUUAUGAAGAGUAUCAGUUCUAUUUCUUUCUCUCUUAUUAUUCUACUUCCUUUCAAAACAAAACUUUUCAGCUAAUUUUGGUGCUGAUUUUUCUUUUCCGCCUCUACAGAAUAGUUAUUAACCAAUAAGCAGCCAAGGCUACAACCUUGUGAAGUUUGCUUGAUUAAAGCAUGCUUUACAUUCCCUUUUAGAAUAAGUUAAACCAGAGUAGUCUAAAUUUCUUGAAAAGGAAACUUUCUGUCAAAUCUCAGCGCAUUAAGACAUUAAUUCACGAUAAAGAAUCACAUCAUAACAUGUGUUUAAGACGUGAGUCUUCAUUAAUGUCACCCUCUUGCUGUGCUUUCCUGCUCUACCUGGACUACACCUCUUAAAAAUAAUUUGAGGAAACUUACCUUUUUGUCCUUCCUGAAAAAUCUUCUCACUUGGAAAACAUUUCUCAUAAAAGCUACACUGUACAAAGAACGUCAGCACAGAGUUCAGUGUUUGUUUUACCAGAGCAAUUUUAAUCCUGUUUUUAGCUGUGGGGUUUUUUGUUAAUUUACUUUUCCCCUCUUCUGAUUUUCUUAUUGUAAAGCUAAAUUAAAAAAAAAAUAAAGUGCUGAGCACCUCUC